AUGGAUAUUGGAUUAAAGUCUCAUAGUCAUAAUAACAAAAACAAUGACGGUAAAAAUCAACUCCUCAAAGAUGAUGUUGGCAGCCAAUACAGUCUUACCGGUAUCAUUCUUCCAUCUCUCGGCGCCGAAACCACCGCCCGUACCGACCUCCCACGUGGCAUCAUCUCCCCUUACAACCGUACUUAUCAGCAAUGGUGCAGGUUUCUGAUGAUAUGGGUUUUCUACACUGCAUGGGUGUGUCCUUUUGAAUUUGGGUUUCUUAAGACAUCAAAGGGUCGACUCACUUAUGUAGACAGCAUUGUGAAUGCACUUUUUUUUAUUGACAUUGUUCUUACCUUCUUUGUUGCCUAUCUUGACGAAACUACUUUUCUACUCGUCGGUGAUCAAAAGAAAAUUGCAAAGAGAUAUUUGAAAUGCUGGUUUUUCUUUGAUUUGGCCUCUAUCAUUCCUUAUGAAAUGUUUAGGAAAGACUUGCCAACAACGGUCCAGACGUAUGGUUACUUCAAUAUUCUUCGCCUUUGGCGCCUUCAUAGAGCCGGUGCUAUGUUUUCGAGGUUAGAAAAGGACAGGACUUAUAACUAUUUUUGGGUGCGAUGUUUAAAACUUUCAUGUGUAACGAUAUUUUCAGCACAUGUAGCAGCGUGCGUUUUCUAUUUUCUUGGUACAGAACACAACAACCGUAAAAAAGUUACAUGGUUAUCACUUGUUUCAAAUGGUGCCGAACUAAGUAUGUGGGAUGGUUAUGUAUCAUCAGUAUAUAUGUCCGUAGUGACUCUUUCUGCAGUUGGUUAUGGAGAUUUGCAUUCUGUUAGUACAGAUGAACAGGUUUUUUGCAUUUUUUAUGUGAUAUUCAAUUUUGGACUUUCUGCAUAUCUUAUAGGAAACAUGACCAAUUUGGUUGUUCAUUGGACGCAAAGAACUAAGAGAUAUAGAGAUACUGUCCAAGCUGCGUCAAAUUUUGCUCAUAGGAAUCAGUUACCUCAACGUUUGCAAGAUCAGAUUUUUUCUCAUUUUCGUAUGAAGUACAAAAUAGAUUUAGAAGGACUCGAGCAACAAGAAAUAAUUUGUUCCCUUCCGAAAGCCAUUCAGUCAAGCAUCGCAUAUCAUCGGUUUUUUAAUGUUAUCAAAGAAGUAUACUUGUUUAAGGGAGUGUCAAGUGACCUACUAUUUCAACUGGUCACACAGUUGAAUGCUGAGUUUUUUCCUCCAAGAGAAGAUGUAAUCUUGCAGAAUGAAUCACCAACAGACUUUUAUAUAUUGUCUAUUGGAUCUGUUGAACUUAUCCUUCAAGAGAACGGAAUAGAACGGGCUUUUCGUGAAGUAAAGCAAUUUGAAGUUUUUGGAGAAAUAGGAGUGCUAUGUUACAGGCCACAACUUUAUACAGCUCGGACCAGGCUAUUAAGCCAGAUCUUGCGUUUGAGUCGAACAUCAUUUCUAAACCUUGUUCAUAACAAUGUUGAAGACGGAACAAUUAUCAUGAACAAUUUUCUCCAGCAUGUGCACAAUUUAAGUUUAACGUACCCAGCCAUGGUAGGGUUUAUGUCUGAAGUAGAGACAUUGUUGUCAACAGGCAAAAUGGAUUUGCCUAUAAGUUUAGUAUUCGCAGCUGAAAAAGAUGAUGAUAUGCUGUUGCAUCAAUUGCUGAAAAAAGGCUCAGAUCCAAAUGAAAUAGAUCACAAAAAUGGAAAGACACCACUGCAUGUUGCAGCUUUUAAAGGCAGUGAUCAUUGUGUGGUUUUGCUUCUAGAAUUUGGAGCUGAUACCAACAUACAAGACUUUGAAGGAAAUAUAUCACUAUGUGAAGCAAUGAAAGGAGGGCAUGAAUUAGUGAAAAAACUACUUAUAGACAAUGGUGCAGAUAUAUCUUCCGCUAACGUGACUCCUUUAGCAAUCUUCGCUAUCGAGAAAAAUGACAUUCAAUUACUAAAAGAUAUUAUGAAACUUGGUGGUGAUAUUGUGACAAACUUUACAAAAGAAGGAACCACUGCACUUCAUGCUGCUGUAUGUGAAGGAAAUGUUCAAAUAGUUAAGUUUCUUGUAGAACACGGAGCAGAUAUCGAUAAGCAUGAUAAAGCUGGUUGGACUCCAAGAAAUUUAGCAGAUCAUCAAUGCCAUGAAGAGAUACAAAAUAUGUUUAAAGAAAUUCCACAUGUUAUUCCUCAGAUGCCAAAUAAUAAUGGAGGGUCAAAUAUUCCAAAGUCUUACAGUGAACCUUCUAUGCUAGCUAUGUCUCGAGGUGGUAGCUUUCGACCUAAUCAAGAUUCGACAUGUUUGAAUGGUCAUCAAAAAAGAAGGGUUGGCUCUUCUAGGAAUUCCUUUUUUGGAAUGGUUACAUCUGCUAAACGAGAUAAAUCUGGUAUUUCUGCAUCUCAAGACGGUCAAACUACAACUUCUACACGUGCACACGAAUUGCCGAUUAGAGUAAUUCUUAGUCGCCAAGAAAAAAGUGAACAACCUAAAAGGCUUGUUUUUCUACCACAGUCCCUUCCAGAGUUGCUAGAUAUUGGUGCUCAAAAGCUUGGCUUCUCUCCCUCUAAAGUUUUGACCGAAGAUGGAGCUGAAAUUGAAGACAUUAACUUGAUUAGAGAGGGUGAUCAUCUUAUUCUUGUAUGA